UCACUGCAAUGAAAUUUAAAUAUUUUGUUUAAAGUAAAAUUUUUUGUAUGUUUCAUAUAAUCAAUUGUUAUUACAAAUGAUAUAUUCUGCUUCUGUUGUUUAUAUAUUAUGCUUUACGUUCUUAUGGGCACAUUUAUUUAAACAGCAGGCUUGCAAUUGUCGCUGUUGGUAAAUUAAAACUCUAUCUAAAUUUUUUUAUUGCAAUGAUAGGUUUUAGUAGGGCAACAACGAAAUUGUUUACAUCAGCUGUUUGAUAUGUCGCUGCGGUCUUGAAAAUGUUCAAGAUGCUGGCUUCAAGACGCCAUUUGCAGACAAGAAAAUUUCGCUGUCGUGCAUGUGUUUAAUACAACAACGGACAGCUGUAUUCUUAAAAUAAAACUGCAUUAGUUUGCUUGCGCUGUGCAUUAUUUUAAUUUGGCUUGACUAUGGAUUUGGAUGAUAUGUUAAUUGAAGAAGUGCGUAAUCGGCCGUUUCUAUACGAUCUAGCGCAGAAGGAUUACAAAAAUUUAAAGAAAAAGGAUUAUGCAUGGAAGGAGAUUGCAGCACGCACGAAGUUGGGCGAAUUGAAAUGCAAAAAAAGAUGGAAGAGCCUCCGUGACACCUAUAAACGGUGCAAAAGAAUGAAGCAAGUCUCUACCGGCAAUAGCGCUGAAACUGCAAAGAAAACAUGGAAAUAUUUAGAAGCGAUGUCCUUUUUGGAUAAUACUAAAUAUGCCAGACGUACUAUUCGAAGUUCAAGCGAAGAAGUGGACUGUAUAGACGAAAAUGAUAUACUGGAAAUAAAACAAGAGGAUUCAGCAAAUAUAUCGUUGUCGGCAAGCGAAAGUUCUCAGUGUAGAUCUUCUCAUGCAUGGGGGCAAGAGGUUCAAAAAAAGUACAGUGACAAGUUUCAACAGUUUUUGAAUUUGGCAGGCGCAAGCAUUUCCGAAACUUGUGCGGCAUUCGUGGAGCAAACACAAAAACAGAACACUACCGCACUUCACUUUUCCAGUUUAGCGGCGAAGAUAACAGAGGCCGGUCUUCCUCCAAAUGUCGUCAAUCAAAUAGAGGCCAAAGUAUCGGCUUUAGUGUUUGGGGAAAUUGACAAAUUUUAUUCAGGUCUUUUAAAAUAGAUGUACAUAAAUAAUGCGAUUGUAUUAAUGUGCGUAAGUAAAUUAAUUUUUAAGAGUAAUAAGCAUAGUUUUAGUUAUAUAAAAUUAAAUUCCUUAUAUUUAAGUAGUUAAUCGUCAAUGUGAACCUCAAGUACUUUUUAACUUUUUGAAAUAAAGAAAUGUUUUGUAAUAUAAAAGAA